AUGCCUCGAGCGACCUCGACGCGCUUCAACUCGCACGCUCACGAGAAGGCGCCCUCGACUUCGAGUUCGGCCAAGACUCGAGCAGGCUCAGCCACGACCGGGAAAGGUGCAAUGAACCCCAUCUUCAAUACCGAUACCUUGGGUCAACAUAUCCUAAAAUCACCCCAGUCAGUCUGCGGACGGAGCGUUUGCGAUGGAGGAUGUGAUUUGAGUGAGAGAUCACGUGCAGUGACUGAUCUUGUUCUUCGUGUGGAUGCUCGUAUUGUGCAACUGUACAGAGUCGCUCAAGCGCAAGUUCACAAAACAUCUCAGUUCCUUCUCGCUCAUUCCUGAGGCUUACCAUGUCCUUUCCCCCUCCCCCGCAGUAUCGUCGACAAGGCCAAUCUUCGCGCCUCGGACGUCGUGCUCGAAGUCGGUCCCGGAACAGGCAACCUGACGGUCCGCAUCCUCGAAAAGUGCAAGUCGUGUACGGCCGUCGAGAUGGAUCCCAGGAUGGCUGCCGAACUGUCCAAGCGUGUACAGGGAAAGUGAGUUCAUGCGCGGGGUCAUUCGGAACUUGGGGGUGGUGUUUGAUUUCGGUAAUAGUAAUGGACCCCUGCGUUCUGCUUAUUCGUACAGACCCGAGCAGCGAAAGUUGAACUUGUUGGUGGGCGACUUCGUCAAAACCGACUUGCCCUACUUUGACGUCUGCAUCUCCAACACUCCUUACCAAGUAAGCCCUCACCGAGGUCUCAUUCCCUUUCGACGACUGAGGACUUACUUCUCCUCUGUCUCGCCCCAGAUCUCUUCUCCCAUCGUCUUCAAGCUCCUCUCUCAACGCCCUUUGUUCCGAGUCGCCAUCCUCAUGUUCCAACGUGAAUUCGCCAUGCGUCUCGUCGCCCGACCCGGUUCAACACUCUGGAACCGUUUGUCCGUCAACGUGCAACUGUACGCCAAAGUGGACCACAUCAUGAAAGUCUCGAGGAACAAUUUCCGUCCCCCACCUUUGGUCGAGAGUUCGGUUGUCAGGAUCGCACCUUUGGAUCCUCCCCCUCCCGUAAGAUUCGAAGAGUUUGAUGGGUUGACGAGGAUUUGCUUUGGGAGGAGGAACAAGAUUGUUAGGAGUAACUUUACGGCCAAGGGCGUCGAAGAGAUGCUCGAGAACAACUACAAGGCUUGGUGUGCCGAGAAUGAACAGGUGAGUGCUGAGCUCUCUUGGUCAAGUUCUCCAAUGAACAGGUUCGCUGACCGGGCCUCAUUUCUGUUUGAACAAUCAGAUGAUCGAAGACGACUUCAACAUCUCGACAUUGCUCGCCCAAGUCCUCGAGGAGAGUGGCUUCGCCGAACAACGGGCGGCCAAGAUGGACGUGGAUGAUUUCCUCAAGUAAGUCCGUCGUCGUCCCACGAUGUCCGAUGAAGGAAGGACCUUAUAGCUGACGUGUCGUUGGUUGACUCUUCGCCUAGGCUGCUGACCAUCUUCCACAAGUAUCAUCUUCACUUUGCUUGA